CGGCAGCGGCGGCGGGACCAUGACUCUGGAGUCCAUGAUGGCCUGUUGCCUGAGCGACGAGGUGAAGGAGUCGAAGCGCAUCAACGCUGAGAUCGAGAAGCAGCUGCGGAGGGACAAACGCGACGCCCGCCGCGAGCUGAAGCUGCUGCUGCUGGGCACUGGAGAAAGUGGGAAAAGCACAUUCAUUAAGCAAAUGCGUAUAAUUCAUGGUUCAGGAUACUCUGAGGAGGACAAAAAAGGCUUCACCAAGCUGGUAUACCAAAACAUCUUUACUGCCAUGCAGUCUAUGAUCAGGGCCAUGGAAACCCUGAAGAUUCUCUACAAAUAUGAACAGAAUAAGGCCAAUGCAGUGCUGAUCCGGGAAGUGGAUGUAGAAAAGGUCAUGACAUUUGAGCAGCCCUAUGUAAGUGCAAUUAAGACUCUGUGGAAUGACCCUGGAAUCCAAGAGUGUUAUGACAGGAGAAGAGAAUAUCAGCUUUCUGACUCUGCUAAAUACUAUCUUAGUGACGUGGAUCGUAUUGCUACCCCAGGAUAUCUACCAACUCAGCAAGAUGUGCUACGGGUUAGAGUUCCUACAACCGGCAUCAUAGAGUACCCCUUUGACCUAGAGAACAUUAUCUUCAGAAUGGUGGAUGUUGGAGGUCAAAGGUCAGAACGAAGGAAGUGGAUCCAUUGCUUUGAAAAUGUGACUUCCAUCAUGUUUUUAGUAGCACUUAGUGAAUAUGACCAAGUUCUGGUGGAGUCUGAUAAUGAGAAUCGGAUGGAAGAGAGUAAAGCCCUCUUUCGAACCAUUAUCACUUAUCCCUGGUUCCAAAACUCUUCUGUUAUCCUCUUCCUCAACAAGAAAGAUCUUUUGGAAGACAAGAUCCUGUAUUCCCAUCUUGUUGACUAUUUCCCGGAAUUUGAUGGCCCACAGAGGGAUGCACAGGCAGCCCGGGAGUUCAUCCUCAAGAUGUUUGUGGAUUUAAAUCCAGACAGCGACAAAAUCAUCUAUUCUCACUUCACAUGUGCAACAGACACAGAAAACAUCCGUUUCGUCUUUGCGGCUGUCAAGGACACCAUCCUACAGCUCAACCUGAAGGAAUACAACCUGGUUUGACCUGCUCCGCCCUUGGCUCCUUGAGAGGCUUCAUAAUGAAGAAAAGACAAAAAGAAAUUUUAAACAUGACAGGAAAAAAAAUAAUUUUUGAUGUAAUGAUUGCAAAUUGUCUGAUCUGUGGAGUGGCAAGUGCUCAGUGUUAUCCCGGAGUCUCAUGUCUCUGUCCACAGAGUAGUGAUUUCAUAUUUUUAACAAAUUGCUUUUAUUUCACAGUUAACGGGGAUAUGCCUCAUUCCUUCAGCACCUUGUCACUUCUUAAUUUUUGCCAAACAGUUAAGGUGGCCUCAUCUUUAGCUUUCUUUUGUUGCUUAGCCACUUCCCCCCCCCCUUUUCAUUCUCAUGGUAUAUGUAGAGAAAAUAACUUUCCAGCCAAGAUUGUGAAUUCACUGGACUGUGGGAGUGUGGAAUGCUACUGGUCCCUUUGCCAUGUGCUACAGGGUACCUCUGGUGUAAUUUGCUAAUUCUGCCAGCUUUUUCCCCCUCCUUGCCCUUCCUUUCCCCAGGACAUGCUCCAUGGUUCACUGUGAUGAAAUGUUGGGGAGAAGCGAUUGCUCUCCAACUAUUGCAGAAAAAAAAAGGCAAAACAAAAGCCAUUGCUUUUCCAUUCUUUAUAAGUUUUAGUUCUGAGUUACUUUUUUUUUCUUAUCAAUUAUAAAGGUAUGGAGACUGUGAUUAUUAUUUUUUUUAAAUUAUUGAUGUUCUAUACAUAGUUUGCUACAUGUUGCUGUAUUUUGUUCAUGGACUACAAAUGAUGGAAGCUCUUGGAGCAAUAGCUGCUGAGCCUGGGGAGCUGUCUUACUGGGAUUGUUGAGGGUGUUUUGUAGUGCUUCUUUUUCUUUUCUUUUUUUUUUUGUUCUCUGUGUGUACAUAUUUAUGUACACAGACACAUGCACAUCCUUUACGCACCACAAGCGCGUGUGCACACACUAGGCUCAAUUUGCAGAGAAAAACUCCCUUUCAUUGAGUAGAGUGUAUGACAUCAAAUGAGCGACUUCUCUAUGCAGCAGAUAUCAAAAGCGCACUGUUUAAUUGUGGCACUUAAACUUCAGACUUUAGCUGGAUUGAAAAAUCUUAGUCUUAUGCCACCCUCUGAUUCUUUUCUUGCUGCUAGUAGCAAACAAGCCUUGUUUAUCACAUUUCAUGCCAGUGUGUUGUAUAAAUUUGUAAGAAUGCUUUGGUCCUGUCCAGCUUUUGCAGACUUCUAGAAAGGACAAGAGCUGGUGGGUCACAGACUUUAAGGCAUAGAUAGGAUUUUCUUAAAAAGAUUGUGGAGAGGUCUUGGAGGGAGUGGCAGUUUUCUCUCUCCUGUUUAUGCAUUCCCCAGAGGCCCAUACUGCUGUGUUUCUCUUUAGAGGAGAAUGAAUUCUCUUUGGAGGACUUGCACAUGUGCUUGCUCCAGGGUGCAUGUGAUAAUCAAGUUACAAUUGUCAUGGCUGGAGCGUAUGUGGCUGCUAUGGAAUCCAGAAAAUCCUAGUGUGGAUGCACUUUUGUUUAGCAGGACAGUAGGGGCAGUGACAGGAAGGUUUGCUGGUGUAGAUGGAAGUUAGUGGAAGAAGUUCUGGAUUUCAGAUGCCAAAUGAAACUCCACUGAACAGAAGGAUGUGAAGCCUUCGCAUGUUACAGAGCUUUUUCCAGGAGCUAAGGCAAGUGAACAAACGUGCUGAAGAUCUGUUGCCUGCCUAGAAGACUGCAGGGCAAGGCAAGGAGUGAAUAAGAAACAGGGAAAUCUGAUCCACCUCUGGACAUGUGUGGUUUAGCCAUCACUAAUGCUUCUGUUUCAAUUCCAAGAAGUAGCAUUGGGUCCAAGUUCUCUGGAUCAACCAGAUUGCCCCCUUAAAGGCUAUUAGGCUGCCAGUAGAUAAAGACUAAAUGAGCUGCGCUGUUGCAGGGGGCUGUUGAUAUUUUGUCUCUUUUGUAGACAGGGCACUACAUCCGUGUUUUGCACAACAUGUAAAUCUUAACAGUCAGAGAUGCUUAAGAUGCUUUGAUCUAAAACACUAAAAUUUGGAGUCAGAUUAUUUUGAAUAAUUCUGUUUAUAGGUCCCUCUUAUUUUCCCCAAUAGCUGAGGGAAGCCUCUGUACGUCUCGGAGCACUACAGGAGAAAGCAAGCUCUGUUUGGUGUGAUUGGAGAGCUAAAAUUGGAACAAUAGCCAUGGGACCAACAGUUGAAGAGCCAGAGUCUGGCUGAGUGACAAUGCUGAGGGGAACACAGCGUCUCUUUAGUAUAGCCAUGCUCUGGAUUGCAGUUUAUAUUUGGGAGGAAUGAGAGGGUUUCCCUUAUUUCAGACAGCUUUGCAUCAGUUUUACUGCUUUUUUGUCUUUAUGCCAAAUGAUCCAUUUUGUAGAAAAUGUCCUAUAAAGAGGAAUUUAUAAUCGUCUUAAUGUAUCCUAAAUGCUGUUCGGUUGAAGCAGAUGGCAGCACCAUUUUCUUCUGCUUUCCUGAUUCUAUUGUAAAUAGUUCAUAUGACAACAAUUGCCAGCAGUGAACCUGGCACUGAGAAAUACAGGCUCUUGGAAAUAACUUCCCAGAAGUUUGUUUUUCUUUUUCUUUCUUUCUUUUUUUUCUUUUUUUUUUUCCCUCCCCUCAAGGUGAAUGAUGGUGGUACUUCCCACUUGAGUCAAACUUUUGUUUUUAUAUCCUGCCCUUCCUAAGAGCUGCUGCCCUGGCACAGGAGGAGGAAUCUUGGCUCCCCUGUCUUUUGCAGAGUAAAUCUGCAUUGUUGCGAACUGUGGGAGGCUGUGGGCACAAGGAUUUAGUUAUGUGCUGUACCUUGCUGACCAACUGCUUGAUGUAGCUGUUGACUUGAUAACUGACUUGUCAUGAUUAUUGCAAAGGAAAGGGGAAGACAUUAUAUGAUGGCUGACCUGUGAGUUUGUGAAAUCUCGUUCUGCUUUAGGGAAGGAAUGGGCCUGACUUGUAAAACAUAAUCUGGAGGUGUCUGGAUCACACUAUAUGCAAGAAGAUACCAGUGUUAGCAUGUGCUUUUCCUAGCAAGCGAUAGCUUGUGUGCCUCCAGCUUGGCCAGUAAAGCAUUUCUGCAGAACCAGUUCACUUCUCUGUUGUCUGUUGGCUGGCCCUUUGGCAAAUGCCUGCCCUAGCAAAAGUGCCAAACCUUAAACCAAAUUUGCCUGUAUCAUCUUUUCUGCGAUUGAGGCCAGUCAGAUUUUUCCACAGAUUGCAAAAAGAGAUUGACCUUUAGAAAGAUGAUGGGGUAGGGUUCUUGUAAAGAAUCUGGAAUCUGAGUCUGAAGAAAUAGUCUCUUGGUUAACCUCUGCUCCUUGUGCACUUUCUGUUCUGCUGAAGAAACCAACAUACUCUGAACCAGUUUGAAACUUGAAGUCAGUGAGGAGAGGACCAUUUCAUUUCUUUGUACCAUUCUAUGUGGAUUGGCUACUUGGUGAGCAACAGCCCCUUCCCUCUUCAGCGUGUCAGAUAGCUCCAGCCCCUUCUGCCUGUCUCCCCUUUCCUGGAAUUGGAUUCUUUGGUCUCUUCUUGUUGCUUCCUAGCGAUGUUGGCCUUGCUUUCAACUAUGGUUUUCUUCAUGUGUUCUAUUGGGAUUUUUUAUUUGUUUGUUUUAAAGUACUUCCAGAGUGUGCUGACGAUUGUAUUGUACUGUACAGAGCCCAGGUUGUUAGAGUCCAGCAGAGAUAAAGUGUGUUAUGCAGCACCCAGUUUUUAAGAGUAUGGUUUGUGCCAAUGCCCCUUCUUUAGUAGUGCCAGAGACUCUUUACAAGUGCCAAUGUGGUGGAAAUUAUUUGGUUAUACUUGUAUAUUAUAGGAUCUUGAUUUAAGACAAUUUAAACAUUAACCUAUUUAAAAAGAUACUCUAUAAAAUGCUGUUUUUAAACCUUGUCAUUUGCAAUGCAUGUACUGUUGUGCGUGUUGGGGUGGGGGGAGGGAAGAGGGUAGGGGAAAGGAGUUUCUGAAUAAGAUGCCCAGUGUCAGGGUCUAUUCAGGCUCCAAACUGUCUCAUUCCAGUCCAGGAGUGUGAUUGUUUCUUGGAAAGAUCCAACACUGACCACUGGGCACCAAACCUUAUUACAGAAAUAUCUGAUGGAAAUUGAUUUUCAUAUCUUUCUCCUGAAAUAAUUUCUCUGUUUGAAAUUGGAAUAAAUCUUGUUCCUAAAAA